GCAAUAAAACACAAAGGUUUGCACUCUCAUUUCCAAGCUAACACAAUCACUUUGCUUGGAAUGCAGCUCUGUCCCGCAGGACCGGUAUUACAGGUAUGACUCUGAUCUAGCGAUCCACACCUGUCGCACUAGUGAGCCGCAGUAUGCCAAACGACAAACACGGAGCCCUACAUGGUCCCUGUGUCAGCUCAGUUCAGUGUCGGACAGCAUGUCCAAACCCCUUCCCAGGGUGGUCCCCCCAGCGGGACAGGCGUACCCAGUACCCAAGCCUCGCAAGCGCACCCAGAGUACCCUCUCAGAGCAGAGCACAGCCCCCCCUGUCCCUCAGCCCAGGAGGAAAUCACUUUGCAGCAUUUUAGAUUCUGAAAUGCCGCAGCUACAAGUAGUGUCCAGCAAAGAGGGAGUCAACUCCAAACUCGGUUCUCCUGUAUCCGAAGAAAUUGAGCCCCAACCGAACACUGAUGGAUCCAACAAACCCGAUCAGAAAACCAACAUUCCCAAAACUGAGCACAAGCCCAGCACAGAUUCUUCUACAGAAUCUCAGGUCAAACCCAGUGCUGAUCUGCCCAGUGGUUCUGAUCACAAACCCGGUACUGAUCUGUCCAGUGGUUCUGAUCACAAACCCGGUACUGAUCUGUCCAGUGGUUCUGAUCACAAACCCAGUGCUGAUCUGUCCAGUGGUUCUGAUCACAAACCCAGUGGUGAUCUGUCUAGUGGUUCUGAUCAGAAACCCAGCAUUAUUCUGUCCAAUGCUUCUGAUCACAAAUCAAGCGCUGAUCUGUCAACUGAAGCUGAUGUCAAUGAAUGUGAUCACAAAACAAGCAAUGAGCUUUCUACAGACUGUCAGAUGAAACCCAGGGCUGAUCUUUCUAAUGGUUCUGACAAACCCAGCACUGAUCUUUUUAAUGGUUCUUACAAACCCAGUAGUGAUCUUGCUGAUGAUUCUGAUGUCAGACCCAUUCGGGAUCAUGAUACUGAAUCUGAUGACAAAUGCAGUGCCAAUCUAACUCCAGAAUCUCGAGUGAAACCCAACGUUGAUCCUUCUCGUGGUUCUGUCAAACUUAGCGUUUCUCUUCCCAAUGAUUCUGAUGGCAAACCCAGCUCUGAUGUUGAUGACUCUAAACGCAACCCAACUGUAGAUCCUUCUACAGAAACUCCCAGCGCUGACUUUGAAGCAUCUGAACACCAGCCCAGCUCUGACUGUGAUGAAUCGCAACCCAGUUCCAGUGCCGAUCUGUCUAAUGCUUCUGAUCACAAACCCACUCCAGAUCUUUCUACAGAAUCUCCUCACAAACCCAGCUCGGAUUUGUCCCUGGAUAGUCGAAACAAAAUGAGUUCUGAUGGAAUCACUAAGACUCAAGAAAAACCCUUGAUUUCUGAAACUGAUCUUCAAAGCAAUCACCAUGGGGACUGGCGGGGUGUGACAGAAGAGUCUGGAGAAGGUGGUGUGAAGAGCUCCAUGUGUUCUGCUUCCCAGGGGGGGACAACAGAGUCGGGACAGCCCAAGAGCCGGGACAGUCUUUUCAUGGGGAGCCGAAUCUCGCAGCCCAGGUCCUGCCCACGACACACCCCCAGCAUGCGCGUGAGCCGUCGGAAGCACCGCUUUGCUGACUGCCAGGUGACUGCCGUCAACCAACCCAGGGAGCAGAAGCCACGAGGAGGCAGCGUGGUCUGUAGGUCUGGCUGGCUGGAGGUGUGGCAGGCAAGAAGGCACAAGAUGAUGUGGGUCGAGUUCAAUGGAAAGACGCUGUCCAUGUUCAAGAAACGCACUGACAAGUUUACAGAGACAGUCUUUCCUGUGUCCUGCAUUACUAAUGUCCGGCCAGGAGAGGGCGGCAAGUUCUUUGUGUCCACACUCAAGAAGCAGUAUGAGUUUUUGGCACCCAGUGAGGGAGGUCGUGACGGGUGGGUGAGUUCUCUGGGAACCCCUCAGAAGGAGGCGACCCCAGAGCAGAUAGAGCAGCAGGGCCCCCUGGGUCUGAGAGAGCUCCGAACCAAGGUGUACGCAGCGCUGAGGGGGCACAGGCUGUGGGUCUACCACAACAAGGAGGAUUUCAGAGAAGGUGUGGCAAUGACUGCUAUCAACAUGAACGUGGCCCAGGCGAAGCAGACAGGCAGACACAGCUUCGACCUCACCACCCCCUACAAGAUAUUCAGUUUCACAGCAGAUUCUUCUCGGGAGCUGGUUGCCUGGCUGGGCUCCCUGUCCCGGGCUGUCAAGAGCGCCCUGUCCUGCAGUGAGGUGGCGGAGCGCGUUUGGGGGAGCACGUGGAAUCGAAACUGCGCCGACUGUUGGAGUCCUGACCCAGAGUGGGCUUCUGUGAACCUGCUCGUCGUCAUCUGUGACAACUGUGCAGGUCAGCACCGUGCCAUGGGGACCGCUGUCUCCAAGGUACGCAGUCUGAAGAUGGACAAGAGCGUGUGGACUGAGCCACUCAUUCAGCUGUUCAUUCUGUACGGGAACAAGUCAGCCAAUGAGCUUUGGGGGGAUCAGGUGCCGUCCGCUGAACAGAUCUGCCCAGAAUCCUCUGCGGAGCAGCGGCGGGCGUUUAUCUGGGCCAAGUACAAGCAGGGCCGCUACCGCCAACUGCACCCACUGUACAGGAGCCAGGAGCAGAUGCACCAGCGUCUGUGUGAGGUGGGGGUGACUGCCGAUGUGUCAGAGACACUGGCCCUGCUGUGUUCCGGGGCACGGGUGAGCAUUCACCAGGGGGAGCCCUCCCAGCCGUCCCCCAUCUCCCUGGCAGAGCAGGCAGGGCAGGCCAUGCAGGCCGAGCUGCUGCGCCAGAACCAGUUCACAGAGGCUCCUUUCCAAGACACUGGGGUUGACCCUUCCCCGUCAGAGAACCGUUCUUUACAAGACACUGAGGAGUUCCAUUGCAAACUGGACAAAGACAAGCUUGUGUUCUCAGAGGAGGUCGACUCUGCCCCCUGCGAGGUUCUCAAUCUGAAGGACGUCACCUCGCUCUUUGACUGCUCCACAGGGCAAAGCCAUGAGUUUGAGAUGCAGAUUCUGAAAGAGAGGCUUCUGUGCACAGCAGACAACCAGGAGACCCUGAGAACUCAGCUGCGGCACAUUGCCAAGGUGUUGCUGCCAUGGCCAGUGCCGGACUCGGAGCUGGCGGGGUUGCGCUGUCUCUCCCGGGUGACCGCGAGGGAGGGGAAGUGGCCGGAGCACAGAGACGCCUGGGUGGCACUGAGCGGGACUGAACUGCUGCUUUACCUCACAGGAGGGCGCCAGGGAGACAGGCUGAGGCUGACUCUCUCAGAGAACUACACCUUUAUAGCGACGGAGAAGAUGUUUGAAAUCAUCUCACCAGAGAGGACACUGUCACUGCGGUUUGAGCACAGCCAGCCCUAUGAGAAGUGGGGUGUCCUGCUGAAGGAGGCUCUUCAACCUCCCCCGUCCAGCCCCUCUUUUGGGGGGGGCCCCCUGUACCCCAGCCCGGGCCGAGGCUCCACAAGAGUGCCAGACCCCAUCGAGAGGUGCAUCUCCCACAUCACGCAGCAUGGUCUAACCGUGGAGGGUAUUUACCGGCGCUGCGGUCAAGUGGGGAAGAUCUCUCGGCUGGUGGAGGGGCUCUGCAGCACCCCCUGCAGGGCGCAGUUUGAAGAGGGGGAGGUGGGGGUAGUGGAUGUGUCAGGAGCCCUGAAACAGUGUCUCAAGCUGCACACGGCACUCUUUCCAGAGCCACACCUCAGCCACUGGCUCCAGUCUGCAGGUAUCCCUGGGCAGGCAGAGAGGCUGCUCGGGUAUCGUGAGGUACUGGAGCAGCUGUCUGACGAGCAGAGAGGCAUUCUGAGCAGGCUGUUCGGACACCUCUACCAGGUGCAGGCGUACAGCCAGGUGAACCGCAUGACCCCUGAGAACCUGGCCCUAGUGUUCGUGCCCACGCUGUUCCCAGACCAUGCCCUGAGCACCGACGCUGUGAAGCUGACCAGAGAGCUCAUCACACACUACACAGCGCUCUUCCACGGAGGUGAGGAGGACGAUGAGGAGGAUUCUGCGGGGGACUUGUUCACGAUUCUCUGAUGAAGGAUCUCUGCUCACUUCCAGGUUCUUCUCAUUCCGACCAGCAAUGUCUGUGACUGACUGCCUUUCUGAAUUCUGUUCAAAGUUGUGGUGUGCUUGUUUACUGGAGCAUUUUGCGAUGAUACUGUUGAGCCCUGCAGUCUCAUGGAAUUGCUUCCAGUCCCUGGCUGCCUCUGUUUAUAAUACAGAGGCUUGGGGGCAGUGUGCGGUGGCUUGAAAUUUGCUAUAUAUUCAGCAGAAGAUAUGACUAUUAAUAAUAAAUAAGGCGUGUGUUUAUA